AUGCUGGCCCUGCUGUACUCCCUCGCGGCACUCUCCUCCCUCCUCGGCGCCUUCGCCGCGCCCGCGGUCCACGAGCUCGAGGACCGCAGCGUCACGGCGCUCUCCGCAGCCCAGCUUGCGUCGUUCGCGCCGUACACCCAGCUUGCGAGGGCGACGUAUUGCCCCGGGGUCUCGAACUGGCAAUGCGGUGAGGCGUGCAGCGCCGUAUCGGACUUCCAGCUUACCCUCUACGGUGGCGAUGGAAAUGCCGUCCAGUACUAUUUCGUCGGCUACCUCCCCAGCCAACAAACAGUCGUCGUCGCGCACGAGGGCACGGACCCCACACAACUUCUCUCCGUCCUCACCGACGGCAACAUCAUCCUCGACGACCUCGACACCUCGCUCUUCCCAGGGCUCACCGACUCGACGGGCAUCCAGGUGCACUCCGGGUUCGCGCAGGAGCACGCGAAGACCGCGAAGCCCAUCCUCGCCGAGGUGAAGCGCCUGCUCGCGGCUGAGAACGUCAAGACUGUCACCACCGUGGGCCACUCGCUCGGCGGCGCACUCGCGGAGCUGGACACGCUAUUCCUCUACCUUAACCUGCCUAGCGACGUAACAGUCAAGGGCAUCACCUACGGGAAGCCGCGCGUCGGCAACCCCGAGUGGGCGGCGUACUUCGACUCCAAGAUCAAGAACUUCAAGCACAUCAACAACGAGGAGGACAUCAUCCCCAUCGUGCCCGGGCGCUUCCUCGGCUUCCAGCACCCCGCGGGCGAGAUCCACAUCGUCUCGCCCGGCAACGCCGUCGCGUGUUCCGGCGAGGACGACGCGACGGACUCGCAUUGCACGAUCAAGACCGUGCCGAACAUCUUCUCGGGCGACAUCCUCGAUCACCUGGGCCCGUACGAGGGGAUCUCGAUC